AUGAGUAAGUUCAAAACCAUUGAUACAUUUUUUAAAAGAAAAGAUCAAGAGAAUGAAGAUGCUUCUACUAUUACUACUCCAAUACUUGAGGGGUCAUCAAAUUUCAUUACUUCAAGUUCUUCAUUGAAUAGCUCAAAGCGUCCACGACUUCUUCCAAAUCAACUGGAUGUUUUUCGUUUGGAAAGAGAUCCUGGAAUGCGACCAAUGAUUUGGAAGUUUCCUCCAAAUAAAAGAGAUGAAAUCCGUCGGGCUUAUAUUAAAGUUGGGCCAAAUCAGCCAAUUCUUGAUAAUUAUCCAUUUUCUGGUGAUAAAAGUCAUCGUCGCUUUCAAGCUUCAUGGUUUAAAUUGUUCCCAUCUUGGUUAGAAUAUUCUAUAGAAGAUGAUGCUAUAUAUUGUUUUCCGUGCUUUCUUUUUGCUAAGGAACCUUCAAUCAAUACGGGUUCAAAUGCUUUUAUUGAGAAUGGUUUCAGGAAUUGGAAGAAAGUAAAUAGUGGAAAAGAAUGUGCUCUUUUGAAUCACAUUGGCAAAGGUCCUAACUCAUUCCAUCAUAAGGCGCUGAAAUCAUGUGAUGAUUUGAUGAAACAAUCACAACAUAUUGACAGACUUCUUCAUAAGCAAACAUCAGAAGAGAUUGAAAAGAAUCGAAUUCGACUAGGAGCAUCUAUAGAUUGCAUUAGAUGGUUGACAUUUCAAGGUUGUGCAUACAGAGGACAUGAUGAAAGCCAAAGUUCAAGCAACAGAGGUAACUUUUUGGAAAUGUUAAAAUUUUUGGGAUCUUACAAUGAAAGAGUGAAACAGAAUGUUUUGGAAAAUGCUCUAAAAAAUGCUAAGUAUACUUCAAAUGAUGUCCAAAAAGAAAUUCUACAUAUUCUUGCUACUAAGGUGAGAAAUUCAAUUAGAGAAGAGAUUGGAGAUGCCAAAUUUUGUAUUAUUGUUGAUGAAGCUAGAGAUGAAUCUAAAAAGGAGCAAAUGGCCAUUGUUUUGAGAUUUGUUACUCUAGAUGGUUUUGUUAAAGAGAGAUUUUUUGAUCUUGUGCAUGUCACUGAUACUUGUGCAACAACUUUAAAGAAAGAAUUGAUUUCUGUCCUUUCUCAUUAUAAUCUCCAAGUUGAAAAUAUUAGGGGUCAAGGGUAUGAUGGUGCUAGCAACAUGCGGGGUGAGUGGAAUGGUUUGCAAGCUUUGUUUCUUAAAGAUUCUCCACAAGCAUACUAUGUGCAUUGUUUUGCUCAUAGGUUACAAUUAGCAUUGGUGGCAGCUUCAAGAGAGUUUGGUAAAAUGUUUACUGCUACCAAUAUUGUUCUCAAUAAUAUCAUUGAAGACGGGACAACUUAUGCACAAAGAGAGAUUACGGGAAUCACUAAUGUCCUUUGCCAAGCACUGCAACAACAAUCUCAAGAUAUUCUUAAUGCAAUGCAUAUUGUUUCUACAUCAAAGUUACUUCUUCAACAAUUAAGAGAUGGUGGAUGGUGCAAUUUUUUUGCAAAUGUUAAAGAUUUUUGUGAAAAACAUGAAAUUGAAGUCCCUAAUAUGAGUGCACAAUAUGUUUUUGGAAGAGGUCGAUCUCGUCAACCAAGUGUGACAGUUGAGCAUCAUUAUCGAAUAGAUGUAUUCUUGGCAACAAUUGACUCUCAAAUACAAGAGUUGAAUAGUAGAUUUAAUGAGCAAACAAUAGAGCUUUUGACUUUGAGUUGUGCUUUGGAUCCUAAGGACAAUUUCAAAUCAUUCAAUAUUGAAGAAAUCAGCAAGUUAGCAGAGAAGUUUUAUCCCCUUGACUUUCCUUCUAAUGAGCUAAAUAUUUUGAAAUCUCAGUUGCAACAUUAUCAGCAUGAUAUACCAAAUCAUUUGAAAGGCAUUGGUACACUUUCUGAAUUGUGCAACAAGUUGCAAGAAACGGGAAAAUCAAGAACUUAUCACAUGGUUGAUAGAUUAAUACGUCUUGUUUUGACUCUACCAAUGUCUACAGCAACAACAGAAAGAGCUUUUUCAGCAAUGAAAAUUGUUAAGACAAGACUCCAAAGUAAGAUGGCUGAUGAAUUUCUUGCAGACAAUUUGGUCAUCUAUAUAGAAAAAGAAUUAGCAGCUAUUUUUGACACAAAUUCAAUUAUAGAUGAUUUUGAAAAUAGAAAAAAACGUCGAAUAGCCUUUUCAUGA